UAAUGUCAGCUGCCGUGUGGAGACGUGAACAUCGGGAAAGCGUCAAUAAACUUUAUUGGUACCCAAAACAAGGAGGGGAAGUGUGCAGAUUGCGGGAGUGAGGGCGCUGUUAUGGCGGAGCCGGCGUCUCAGGCCUCCAUGCAACCCCGGCUACAGCAGGCUCAGUCUGGUGGGACGUCUGGGUCGAAUUCGACCACGGGGUCCGCGUCCGGGAAUAGUGACCCAGCCAGGCCGGGUCUAAGUCAGCAACAGUGGGCAAGUCAAAAGAAAGCUCAAGUCCGGGCUUUUCCGAGAGCGAAAAAACUUGAAAAACUGGGAGUUUUCUCAGCUUGCAAGGCAAACGAUGCUUGCAAGUGCAAUGGAUGGAAGAAUCCUCAUCCUCCAACCGCAUCUCGGAUGGACGUUCAGCAGCAGGCAGCAAGCCUCACGGAGCCAUGUCGCAGCUGCAGCCACGCCCUGGCCGACCACGUGUCUCACCUGGAGAACGUCUCUGAGGAGGAGAUGAACCGCCUGCUGGGGAUGGUGGUUGAUGUGGAGAACCUCUUCAUGUCUGUGCACAAGGAAGAAGAUACAGACACCAAGCAGGUGUACUUUUACCUUUUUAAGCUCUUGAGGAAGUGCAUCCUUCAAAUGGGGAAGCCCAUCGUGGAGGGCUCCCUGGGAAGCCCCCCCUUUGAGAAACCUAAUAUUGAGCAGGGAGUGUUGAACUUUGUGCAGUACAAGUUUAGUCAUCUACCCCCCAAGGAGCGCCAGACCAUGUUUGAGCUGAGUAAGAUGUUUCUGCUCUGCUUAAACUAUUGGAAGUUGGAAACCCCGUCCCAGUUCCGGCAGCGAGCCCAGAAAGAUGACGGCUCUGCGUAUAAAGUGGACUACACAAGGUGGCUGUGUUACUGCCACGUCCCUCAGAGUAACGACAGCCUACCGCGGUACGAAACUACUCAGGUGUUCGGCCGCAGCCUGCUGAAGUCGAUCUUCACGGUCACCCGGCGGCAGCUGUUGGAGAAGUUCCGCAUGGAGAAGGACAAGCUGCCCCCUGAGAAGCGCACCCUCAUCCUCACCCACUUCCCCAAGUUCUUGUCCAUGCUUGAGGAGGAGAUCUACGGCGAGAAGUCUCCUAUCUGGGACGCUGAUUUCACCAUGCCGGCACCUGAGGGGGCACAGCUGGGACAUCAGACAGUGUUGAGUCCUGGGGCUGUCUCAGGAUCUCCAUCUUUUACCAAGAACCUGAGCAGUGGUGUCUCUUCUCUUGGGAGCAUGGGGCUUGACUCUGCUGUGUCUGAACCAAUAACAGGAGAGAAGCGUAAGCUUCCUGAGGCGCUGACCCUUGAGGAUGCCAAGCGUAUCCGGGUCAUGGGAGACAUCCCCAUGGAGCUGGUCAACGAGGUCAUGAUGACCAUCACUGACCCUGCUGCUAUGCUCGGGCCAGAGACCAGUCUGCUGUCGGCCAACGCGGCGCGGGACGAGACAGCCCGUCUGGAAGAGCGCCGUGGCAUCAUCGAGUUCCACGUCAUUGGCAACUCACUGUCGCAUAAGUCCAGCAAGAAGAUCCUCAUGUGGCUAGUGGGCCUGCAGAACGUCUUCUCCCACCAGCUGCCCCGCAUGCCCAAAGAGUACAUCACACGGCUUGUGUUCGACCCGAAGCACAAGACCCUAGCCCUGAUCAAAGAUGGACGCGUGAUCGGAGGGAUCUGUUUUCGAAUGUUCCCCACUCAGGGAUUCACAGAGAUUGUCUUUUGUGCGGUCACUUCAAACGAGCAGGUCAAGGGCUAUGGAACUCACCUAAUGAACCAUCUGAAAGAGUACCACAUCAAGCACGGCAUCUUGUACUUCCUCACAUAUGCAGAUGAGUACGCCAUCGGCUACUUCAAGAAACAGGGUUUUUCCAAAGACAUCAAAGUGCCCAAGAGCCGUUACCUUGGUUACAUCAAGGACUACGAGGGCGCCACCCUCAUGGAGUGUGAGCUGAACCCCAGAAUCCCCUACACCGAGCUGUCGCACAUCAUCAAGAGGCAGAAAGAGAUCAUUAAGAAGCUGAUUGAGAGGAAGCAGAGCCAGAUUAGAAAGGUGUACCCAGGACUGACCUGCUUCAAGGAGGGGGUGCGGCAGAUCCCUGUGGAAAGCAUCCCUGGCAUCAGAGAGACGGGUUGGAAGCCUGCAAAAGAAAAAGGAAAGGAGCUGAAAGACCCAGACCUGCUUUACAACAUGCUGAAGAAUCUCCUGGCCCAGAUCAAGACCCAUCCUGAUGCUUGGCCCUUCAUGGAACCAGUAAAGAAGUCCGAGGCUCCUGAUUAUUAUGAGAUCAUCCGGUUUCCCAUUGACCUGAAGACCAUGACGGAGCGGCUGAAGAACCGCUACUACGUGACCAAGAAGCUCUUCAUUGCCGACCUGCAGCGCGUCAUCACCAACUGCCGCGAGUACAACCCUCCCGACAGCGAGUACUGCAAAUGUGCCAACACCCUGGAGAAGUUCUUCUACUUCAAGCUCAAGGAGGGUGGCCUCAUCGACAAGUGAGGAGAAGGAGCCCUGGGUUGGGGCUGGGCUGGGCUGGGCUGGGCUGGGCAUUAGAUUAGGCAGGCGAGGGUGGGAUCAGCGGUCAUCAGUCGCUAAAGAGGGACCACUGAGCUGCAGCAGAGGAGUACUGUUUAUGACCACAACACCACUUCAGCCACACUUCGGCAGACACAGCAGUGCUGACACACACACACACACAUCUUUGUCAACUCAAUGAUGGAAUGCACACACUCUCUCUCUCUCUCAGUGACUCUCCGUCACACACACACACACAGUGAGACACACAGGCUCUAGGAAGUUGAUCUAAUGGUGUUUACAUUUGUCUAUUUAAACAGAUGUAUCUUUGGGCAUAUAUCCAUACGUGUGCAUACAUGUUAAGAUGUGUGCACACAGACACAAGUGUAGAAUAAAUAGUCAGUGUAAAAGACUGUGAAUCCCAUAUGAAUCUAAAUGACCAGGGUAUUGCCUGUGUGUGUUCCAUCUGUUUCCUCUUAUGUCACUUUGUAUAGUGAAUCGUUUUUGGUCUUGUUUGUUUUUUACUGUUUUGGACUCCUGAUGCCAGGCUACCAGUGCUGGACUUAAGGAAAAGGACAGUCACCAUCUCCCUGUACAUCAUUUUGUUACUACUUUACCAUUCUUGUCUGUCUGUCACACACACACACACAUACAUACGAGUACAAACAUGUUUACUGUCUUCUACAGUUUUCACAAAUAACAACAAUACACACCACACACUGGUUGUUAGAUUAUCAGGUCAUCUUGUCUUUUAUGAAGCUGUCAUUGUCAGAAGCAUCAUCUGUGUCCUACACAAACUGAAAGGGGUUUAUACUGAGGAGUUUAACUCAUUAAGACUCCUUAAGGCUGUUGAGUAUUUAGAGGUUGUCACUUGAACACUGGACUUUGGAAAGGAGUAUCACUUUAAUAGGACAGAGAAAAAGAAAAGGUAAAUGGUCUGUUACACAGAAUUGGAUGUUUUUCCCCCCUCUGUAUGAGGAAUUCCAGGCCUUCUGUCGUAACAUCCUAACGAAAUGUUAUCCCAUGAAAGGAUGUGUGUUGUCCUGCAAGAAUAGACCGGUGUUCCACUUAGUAACAGAAUUGUUACUCAGAAAGCAAGACCAAGAGUGCACACAUUUUUUCAUAUGUAGCUCCCAAGAAAUAUAAUUUGCUUCUUUUGACCUCCCCUUUGAAUUGCAUUUCAGACCUAGUUGUUGUAACCGUGUGAAAAGAUUAUCAUGAAAGUGAAAGGACAUUUAGUUAGUCUUGUUUUCCCUCUGGCACUUUUGGUUUUCUUUCCAGUUCACAAGCAUUCUGUUUGCUCAGUAGUGCUGCUAGCAUAUGCUACAGCUAUCAGUCAGGAUGCUGAGUAGUGCUGCUAGCAUAUGUUACAGCUAUCAGUCAGGAUGCUCAGUUGUGCUGCUAGCAUAUGCUACAGCUAUCAGUCAGGAUGCUGGCAUUUAGGUGUUGUGCUCUUCUCUUGCUACGAGAGUCAGGUUGCACUGGAGUGGUGGUAGAUAACGUAAAAUGGAGUUUGUUAUUUUUCAAUAGUUUCACCAUGUCUCAUCACGUUGGCUUUUCUUACUAUAUACGGACCAUUUCAUUAUUACAAGUCAAGCACUUGUUCAUUCAAACGUAGUUCAUUCCAUUUCAUUAUUGGUGUGGUUAUAGUUAUCCGUCACAAUCAGAUACUGUAGUUGGCAGAGCACAGACGAUGGUUAAACCAAACGCAUGACUCUAAUAAUGCCCACCGCCUCUCAAAGGAAGGUGUUCCACUCACUCUUCAGUCUGUGCCUUGUUUAAAAGCCUUCUUCCCACUGCUAUUUUAUAGUCAAUGAAUACUUGUCAAUGAAUACUUGUCAAUAUUAAGAUUCGUGAUUCUGCCCAACUACUAUGUAUCGAUUUCGUUUUGUUUCACUUCUGAACGUGUACUUGAAUCAUGGCACGCUUUGAGGAGCUGUUCGGUGGGGUUUUCAGACCUUAACGUUAUUUUGUCAGUUCUCCUCAUGGUCUCCUUAAAGUAUGCUGCAUUUCUACUCUCAAAACAUGGUUUAACCUUCUCAUUGAUGAAAAACAAAUUAGGAAAAGAAAAAUUCAUUUGAAAGAUGCCUGUGAAUUGCUACAGCUUGAUGUACUGUACCUCUGUUCAUUCAAAUAAAAUGUUUUAUAUUAAA